AUGAGGUGGGAAUGGCUCUUCUGGUGGCAAACCCCUAGGAUUGCUGUUGAUUUUCUCAUCAAACUGUCUCAGAGCUGUGCCAGGUGCCUCAGAGCCCUGUACUGAGUGCUGUGGAGCUUGAAGCUGAGCCUCUGAUCAGUGCUGGUCUCUGGGAUUAGUCUGCAGGGAGAACUGGUGCUGUGGGAUGAAAGCCAAGCUGAGCUUUCCUUGUACACCCACAGCCAGCAGAAGUCCUCAGAAUUAAUGGCAGAGUGUGACAAGGACCUGCUAAUCCCUCUGCAGCUGCUGGAGAUGCCAGAGGGCCCAUCAGUGAGGAAGUUCCAGCUGCUGACCUCCCCUUUUGUGGGCCAAGUGGUGGCCAAGGUGGGGGGAAGCAGCCGGAAGCUCAGUGUGAAUGACCUGAAUGCCCUGAGGCUCCAGGACUCCCAGGUUCAUGGGAAGAACUUGUACCUGGCAUUUGUGGCAGCUGAAGGUCCCGUUGGACCAACUGCACAAGAGACAGCACUGCAAGGAGAGGCUGCUUGUGGGGCACACUGUCCUGCCCAGGAUGGGGCUCCACAUCCCCACUCCCAGGAUGAGGAGCUACAGGAAGCCCAGCACUCAAAAUCUGAAGCCCCAGAGGCAGCAGAGGGUCAGGGCAAUUGGCUGCGCAUCCACUUUGGCAUGUUCGGCAGCGUCCGGGCAAACGAGUUCUCGAGGGCAAGCAGAGCAAAUAAAAGGGGGGACUGGAAGGAUCCUGUGCCCAGGCUGGUUCUGCACUUUGAGAGUGGAGGAUUCCUUGUUUUCUACAACUGCCGGAUGCUCUGGUGCUCCUCUCCAAGGGCUGAUCCUGCUUCUGACAUCCUGUCUGUGGAAUUCCACCGUGGCCGGGCGCUGCGUGCCCUCUGUGCACCCGAACCCGUCUGCUACACCCUCCUAAACCAAAGAUAUUUUUCAGGGCUGGGGAACAUCAUUAAGAACGAGAUCCUGUACCUGGCCAGGAUCCACCCGCUAACACCAGGCUCCCUCUUGGCUCGCUCAGAUCUGGAGCGUCUGCUGGACUGCGCCGUUCAGUUCAGCUCUGAGUGGCUGCACAACAAACUGCGUGGCCAUGGGCUGCACCCCCAGGUGUACCAGAAGGAGCAGUGUCCCCAGGGGCAUCCCCUCAUGAAGGGCACUUUUGGGCCCUUGGGUGGCUUCAAGAGACUUACGUGGUGGUGCCCUCAGUGCCAGCCUGAGGUGCUGCCAGGGGAUGGGGACCCUUCCCCAGUCACUGAGUGAUCUGUCCUGCAGGGUGCUGGGUGGUCUCUGAUCCAUAUGCUCUUCGUUGUCCUAGAAGGUCUCUUUGGUUUCUUUUAGGCUGGUGAGUUUGGUCCUUAGGGACCCUGUCCCUUGAGCCUGGAGGAGUCAGCAAAACAGAGGAUAUCCCUCUCCCUAAACAGCUUGAUUAUUAGGAAUUAAAUAAUCCUGCCUUUGUGUGUUGGGCUGUGACUGGGUGUGGUUAAACCUGAGGGGCUGUUCCCUGUGUCAGAUCUGACAGCUCCCUCCUUUCAUGUCAACGUGUACAAAAUAUACGUCAGCAGUCCUUGGUGGAGCUCAUCUCUGCACCCACAGGUUUCAGCUGUGUGGCAAACUGCCAAUUCCAGAUCUUGCUGUAAAAUUAAACAAAAAUACAGUGUGUGACAGUGUGCAUAAAACUCAGGAUCUCCAAGGAAACCUGGAAGCAGAAAGGUUUAGAAAUAGAGCUGUGUCUCUAUACACUAGGUGGGAACUGCUGCUGUCCUCUCUCCCUGGAUUUGAGUUUAUUUUAAUAAUAAGUUGUUAACCUGAGCAAAAAAAUAAAAGCUGAAA